AUGGCGAACUUGGGAUUCUUUGAGCUGCUGAUGAAGAAGAAGGAGAUACAUUUCAUUUUUAGUUUUAAUAAGUCUGGCAACCAAGAACCAUGGCAAGAUGUGGAUUUUACCAAGCCCCAGAAGCAUAUAACAUUGAACCAGCAAUGGAAGCCCAUAGAAGAGCUGGAGAAAGUAAGAAAAAUAACAAAGGGAUGAGAUGUCAUUGCUUUGAAGCAUGGAGUUCAGUGAGCUAUAUUCUAUCCAUUUGUGAACUUUAAAAAGACUUGGCUUGUUUUUCUCUGAAAUAAUACUGUAACUUAGCUUUUCAAUAAACUUGGAGUUUCAGUUUAAAGUUAGGUCAGCAAACAGAAUGUCCUUUUUGGCUAAUAGGGGCAAAGAUAAAUCCUAGCAUGGUUGCAAUCCUCUAUUAUUAUUAUACUGUGGAGCAGGAGCUCUUAAAUUAGUUCUCUAACUUCAGCUUAUUGAGUGUCUUUAAUCUUUUCUUCGUGGGGAAUAUCUGGGUUUCUUUCCACCUGCCUUUGUGCUGAUACACUUUCAUUUUUGGAAAAUACUUAAAAAGAACAAAUUCCAUUCUCCCAGUUUUUUUCCACGUAAGAUAAGAAAAUGCACAAUCACAAAAUGCACGAAAAUCGAUUUACCCCCAAACUGCUUCUAGUCCCCGGAAGGAGCUUUCUGUUGUUUCAACCCAUGGAAACUUUCCUUGAGGAGUUUGAUAACAGCCAUGAAAGAU